AUGGCGGCCUUCUCCGAGUCGGGGCCAGUGUUCAAAUCACGAUGUGCCCAGGUCGGUUUGGCAUCUGCGGAUGUCGAAAAACUCGAGAAGGUGGGUGUGGAUUCACUCGCAAAGGUCGCUUUCAUGACGAGCUACACGCCGGGCUCUGGCGAUGACAAGGACCUCAUCGCGGCGUUCGAGUCGGCCCUCGGGACGCCGCCCUCUGUAGGGCAGAAAAGCUCCUUCCGAAGGUUAUUUCAUGAAGCAUAUGCUGUUACCACUUCGGAAAUGAAGAUGCUUGUGGAGCGGACGGAUGAAUCCAUCCCAAGAAAAUUGAGCGUCCCAGAGAGAUCUGAGCGGUUCGAGGUAGUGAGCAAACGCCUUGUGGGCCUUUCGAUCAAGAAUCGUCUUGAGCCUGCUGAUAGCCUCGUCGACUCCUUCGUGUCGCAGUAUGAGCAGGACAAGUUGCAGUUUGUCCCGUGGGAGAAGCUUGUUUCCAAAGAACAAGAGGCCUCAACAGGGGCAAAGCGAGAGCCUUUCUUCUCGCUGGACAGUACGGGCAAGCUCAGGUCGGAGACGAAGGUUGAGGUCCGUGCCGACACUAGCACGGAGCUGCUCUUGCAGCUCGCGCUUCAGAGGCGCGGCAUCGCUAUGGAAAUGGCGAACAUCCUUGACUACCAUCGUCACCACAUGUGGGUCGAGCGCCUUCUUGCAGCGCGCCUCGACGCACCUCCGUCGACGCACAUGCAGCCCACACUUGAUCAGUGCCAGCAGGCUGAUAGGAAGCUUUGGCAGCUUCUCGGAGAAGCGACUCGCUCAGGCAUCCAGCUCAAAGCUGGGGGGCGUCCAUUGGACACCAUCUUCGAGAGCACGUGGCAGUCACCAGAGGUGCUUCAUCUGCUUCAGCCGAUGCCUCGGGCAGCAGGCGCUUCAGUCACGCAGCAGGUGGCACCGCCGCCGAGGCCGCACGGGCCGGGCCCGUAUGAUCGUCCGGGCAAAGGCCGGAAGGGCACAGGGAAAGGUGCCAAGGGCACCAAAGGCAGCGGGAAAUCGGGGUACUACAACUUCGGGCCCAGAGCCAGCUGUCCCCAUCUUCUUACAAACGCCACGCUGCAGAUGCGAGAGUUUGUCCAGCAGCUGAAUUCAGCCGUCAAAGCACUUGUGCCUCAGGCGUCCUGGAAUGCAAUCUGUGUGGGCCAGAAUACGCUGUCGGAUUUUCACAGGGAUUCCGGCAACCAACGGGGUUCUUUGAACCAUACCUUCUCGCUGGGCACCUUUCAAGGCGGCCAGCUCUGGCUUGAAGAUGCAGCAGGCACUUCCGCGGCCACGAGUCCCACAGGCGGGCAGAUCCGGGGCAGAGUUGUGGACACUUUUUGCAACCCCACAAGUUUUUCUUGCGACUUGUGGCAUAAGACAAUGCCUUACACAGGCGAGCGAUGGGUCGUGACACUUUAUACUCUUUCAGGUGGGCAACCUUCCGAGUUGCUCCCGUUGGGCUUUCCGUGUGGAUCCGCCGCUGUGACUUCGCAGUCUACUGGCGCGCAAUCUCCGCCCCAGCCUGCCACUUCUGGGUCUAGCCCUUCGGUCUCCGUCCCUUUGGGUUCUAGUCUCCCCCCGGCCGCCGACCCGCCUUGUAAACGCUUGAAAUCCCAGGAUGCCAAGGUGUCGCCUUCGCGGCAUGCAAAGCCUUUGUUCUUAGAGAUUUGUAGCGGGUCGGCUAUGCUGUCUUAUGUCGCCAAGGAGGCAGGCUACACUGUUGUGCCAAUCGAUUGGCAUCACAACAAACAACGCUCAUGUGUACAUGCUCUGCAGCUUGAUCUCCGCCUCGCCAGCACGUGGUCAUUCUUGCGGCGCAUUUGCUCAGAAUACCAUGUCGCUUGGAUCCACAUGGCCCCUCCAUGCGGUACUGCAAGCAGGGCUCGCGAAUGUGGGCCCGGUCCUAAACCGCUUCGGUCGCAUCAUCAUGUGCGUGGGCUCCCUGGCCUUUCACAGGUAGAUCAAGCUCGCGUUGAGAGUGCCAACUCCAUCUACGACAACAUGGAGUCCUUCUGCGACUGGCUGCUUCGAUCCAUGCCUCAUAUCCCGUUCUCUGUUGAGAACCCGUUGCACAGCUACCUUUGGCAAUUCCCGAAGUGGGCCGCAAUGGUCCAACGGCACUCCUUUGUCACAUUUGACUCGUGCCGGCACGGCUCGCAACGCAAGAAGGCCACGGCCCUUCUCACCAAUUCUGACUUCCUGCACUGCCUUUCGGGACCCUGUCCCGGCUGCUCCUCGCAUCUCCCAUGGGGUAAGCAAGGUCGCACCUUUGCAACCGCUGCAGAGACAGGGUAUCCUAAGCUUCUUUGUGAACGGAUCAUCUCCUGUGUGGACAAGUCGGCCACCUUGCAGGGCAUUGCGCCGGAACGACUGACUGUUUCAAAGGUCUCUGCUGCACGCGCCGCUGGUCAGGUGCAGCCAAGGGGGCGAAAGUUCCCACCGAUCAUUUCUGAAUUUGCUUAUACAGUUUCCGUUGGCAGCGCGGCAGCCCCCACUCUCAAUUCCAAACAUUGCUUGUCAUCUGCAUGGAACGGCGUCCCUGCAGGUUCAAAGCUCCUCCGGGAGUCAGUGGAGAGGGGAGGUUCGCGACUCCCUGAGGGCAACAAGUUCUACGUGUUCGGAGUGUAUCGGUCCAUGCAGGCCUUCUUGAACGAAGCAAAGCUAGUCGUGCAUCCGUUUGAUUCCGCCAGGUCACUCCCAGAUGAACUUUUGCGAGUCUUGUUCGACACACUCACUAAGGGUCCGGUCGAUACGAUGAAACAUCGCCUUCUUAAGCUGCAGCACUGGCGUGCCCUUGCCAAACAGCUUGAGCCCGAAGAAGAGAGAAUCAGGUCGGCCAUGGAUCCGUGUGUGCGGAAGGUCCUCGGCAACAAGCGUAUAGCGCUCAUGAAGAGCGUUGCUGCAGAAUUGUCGUGGCCUGACACCACUCUCUUCGACGACCUUGCCGCCGGUUUUAAAUUAACUGGUUACUUAGGGCGCACGGGGGUCUUUGCUAGUGACGUUAAGCCUGCCACGAUGGACCUUGAUGAAUUUUGGUCGAGCGCCCCGCUUCGCAGGGAAACUCUUCUUGAAAAAGUCAAGGGCCAAAAGGACCAUGACUAUGCCGAGGAGCUCUGGAACAUGACGCUUGAAGAGUCCGAUAAGUCUGGGAAGAGCUGGCUUGACGGCCCGAUCGAUGUCGACUCUCUGGGGAGCAUGUUCCCCGACGGUUGGAACGCCUGCCGGCGUUUUGCAGUCUGGCAGGGCAAAUGGCGUGCCAUUGAUGACUUCUCGGAAGCUGCGGUGAAUGCGUGCUUCGGGUGUUUUGAACGCGUCACUCUCAAAGCUCUUGAUGAAAUCUGUUGGCUGUGCAUGCAAGUUUUCCGCGCCGCUAAGAAGUCGGGCUUUCUUGAUCUGGAACUCAGCUCGGGUGAGAGACUCAGGGGGCCUGUCCAUACUGCGUGGAAGGACCUCGACCGUGUUCGUCCUCACUGCAAGACAUAUGACCUUCAUGCUGCAUACAAGCAGCUUGCGUUGCACCCUGGGGAAAGGUCGAAAUCCAUUAUCCUGCUCCGGGAGCCCGGCUCCCGCGCUGUCAAGGCCUUUGUGUGCAAUACUCUGCCCUUCGGGGCUUCGGCCUCGGUUAUGCAGUUCAACAGGGUGGCGUUAUUCUUGCAAAGGGUUCUUUGGGAUCUGAGGGUAGCUGUGACUUGCUACUACGACGACUUCCCGACGAUGACUCCCUCUUUCUUGUCGGGCGGAACGGACAAUGCGGUUCAUGCCCUCAUGGACUUGUUCGGCUUCUCCUUGUCCGAGAAAGAGAAGCCGUUCUCAUGCACCGCAGAAACUUUGGGUGUUGUGCUAGAUACGUCUGAUCCUGACAUGGGGCACAUCUUCGUAUCGAACAAGCCUGAACGGGCUGCCAUGCUCGAGGGGUCCGUAGGCCGCAUCCUCGAACAAGGCCAGGUGGACACGAGGGAGCUGCCUUCCCUCCUUGGUAAACUUCGCUUUGCGGAUGCUCAGCUGCUCGGUCGCACGGGGCGCCUGGCCCUUGCUGACCUUAGGCUCCUAGGCGAUAAAGGGGGUGUCCUUCAGCUGACUGACUCACAAUCGAAUGCCUUGGCCGUUCUGAGGGCGAGACUUCUUGCGAGCAGACCCCGCGCCAUUGCUGCGAGCCCGCCUUCGAAUCCAGUCCUCAUCUUCACAGAUGGCGCAUGCGACCCGUGUGAGGGCGGCUUCACCACCGGCGUUGGAGGUGUCAUCUUCAUUCCCAGCAAAGGGGUGGCCAGGGCUUUCGGCUGCAGGGUUCCGAGCAAGCUUGUCAAGCAAUGGGCCGAGGGCAGGAAACACAUUAUAGGGCAAGUCGAGCUUUAUGCGGUCGUGCUCGCCAGGAUCUUAUGGUCGAGUUACAUCGAUGGCGAAAGGUGCUUAUUCUUCGUCGACCAUUCCGGUGUGUUGAGUGCCUGUAUCAACUCGAACUCGAUCGAUGCAUCUUGGAGGAGCCUUCUCCUCCAUCUGGAGGCUGCCGACGAAGCACGCCCGUGCUUGCCCUGGUUUCAUCGUGUCCCGAGCCAGAGCAACAUCGCAGACCCACCGUCGCGUGGCAGAUGGGACGAAUUGUCGUUCCUUGGACCUUUCACUCGUGAUACGCCGGCAUGCUUUGUCACAGGUGAAACGCUUGAAGCAACGUAA